AUGGUUGAUGAUUGGGUUAUCAAAACCAUGUAUGCCACCAAACGCCGGCGGAAGAAUACCAAAAUGGUAACCAAUCAACUUACAGAAGUUGGCUACAAAGUGGAGUGUGGAACGGGCAACACGAAGUCGAAUCCCAGCAAGCGACAUAGAGAACGUUUGAAUGCUGAACUGGAGCACCUAGCCAGUCUUCUCCCCUUUGAGCAAUCAGUCAUUGCGAAGCUAGACAAACUCUCUAUUCUACGACUCGCUGUCUCUUACCUGAGGAUGAAAGGCUACUUUCAAGUUUACCCACUUCCCCUUCUUUUCCUCCUCCUCCUCCUCCUCUUCUUCACGCACCAGCACAAAAAGCGCCCCUCUAUAAAUCAGCAGAAGCAGCAACAGCAAAAGCAGUUGUGGCAGCAUUGCGUGCGUGCCAUAUUUCGUUUCGAGAAGCCAGUUUAUUCGAAGGGGGAUGGCGGUGGCGAGACGGACUGCCUGAACCGUUGCUUUCACCUCUUCCCCAUCUCGCCCUCAUUCCCCUCCCUCGCGCAGCCGCGCCAACCACAUGCAAACUGA